AUGAGCAUAAAUGAUAAGCAUGAUAGUUCAAGCAGUGGACGUGGCCGUAGUUUAACUGCAACACAAACAGUUCCUUGUCAGUCUAACGGUUCAGUCCCUUCAAGUCUUCUUGAAUUGCACACUUUCCCAGGUUCACCGAACACAUCUCAUGCAGUUGUUAUUUCCCCAGAGUAUUCAAGAAAACAUACCUCUAAUGAUAAAAUCGAUGGCGGUGGUAGCAUUAGCAGCAAUUGUGAUUCUGUUGGAACAAGUAGUAUUCUAGCAUGGGAUCAAGAUCGUAUUAAACAGAAAAGAAAAAUUGAUAAAAGUAAAAGGCUGGAUGGAUCAUUGGAUGAAUUAACUUCUAUAUUAUCAACUAGCUUAGCGUCUGAUCCUGAUAAAACUAUGCCCUCUCGAUUAGCUUCUGAUUGGCCGACAACAUCUGAAAUACUGGCAGAAACUAAUAAUUUUGCACAUGUACUUGAAAAACGGCUACAAUAUUUAAGGUCUGUUUAUAUACGUGCACAUUCUGAGGCUGAAGCAUUGGCUAAUUUAGCUCAAUUGAUCACAUCUGGAAGUCUUAGCAUUAUCCCUCCUAUGAAUGAUGAUCAAAUCGACUGCAACAUUAGUAAUUCAUCUGAUGUAUACGAAAAACAUUCAUAUUUAGAGUCUUUAUUGGUUAAAGCGAUUGAUCGCAUUGAUUUAUUGCUGAAAUCAAAUAUCCAUGCUAAAAGUGUUCUGGAUACUUCCAAUCAUCAAAUCCACUCUGUAGAUUAUCAUGAUCCUAAAUCAAUGUCACCAUCAACUGCUAAAAUAGCAAAAACAGGCAAAUAUUCUCCUUCGAAGGAUAUUCAUUCAUUUCAGUGCAAUUUACAUCAAGACGAUAAAUUACCAUUAGAUUUAGAGCUUGAAAAAUUAAUGAAUCUUAAACAUGAAUACAUGAUGAAAGCCUUCCAUUUAUGCUUGGAUCAGUUGCAUCUCCUUACAACAUGA